GAAAUCUACGACGUGCCCCCCAGCGUGGAGAAGAACCUGCACCAAACCGUCUACGACGUGCCGCCCUCCGUCAGCAAGGACGUGCCGGACGGCCCCGUGCGGGAGGAGACCUACGACGUGCCCCCCGCCUUCGCCAAGCAGAAAGCUUUCGACCCGUCCCGUCACCCCCUCGUCCUCACGCAGCAGGAGCCCUACCUGCCGGAGGACGUCUACGACGUGCCGCCAGCGGCUGGGAAAUGCGCCCCCGAGCCCUCGCUCUCCCACGAGAUCUACGACGUGCCCCCCAGCCUCAAGAAGCUGUCGUCCUUCCCCUCCCAGGAGGUGUAUGAUGUGCCCCGGGACCUGCACGCCCCCAGCAAGGGCUCCGUGGACACGGAGGGCGAGUACAUCUACGACGUCCCGCCGCAGGUGGACCGCGAGGCCAAAGCGCCUGACGGCAAGCGGCUCUCGGCCUCCAGCACGGGCAGCACCCGCAGCAACAUCUCCACGUCCUCGCUGGACGUGGUGCCCGUGAAGGAGCCGGCCAAAGGGGCCGGCAAGGAGUUCUCCCUGGACUUGGACGCUGCCAUGGAGAUGCUGGCCAAGCUCCAGCACGGCGUCGGCGGCGCCGUCUCCUACCUCAUGUCCUUCAUCAGCGCCAACUGGCGCAGCGCUGAGCACAUGGAGGCCAACGCUGCCAGCAUCCGCGGGGCGGCGGAGGGCGUCCAGGCGGCCCUCCGGGACCUGCUGGAGUUCGCCCGGGGGGCGGUGGGCAACGCCGCGCAGGCCUCGGACCGCUCCCUCUACGCCAAGCUCAGCAAGCAGCUGCAGAAGAUGGAGGAGGUGUACCAGGCCCUGGGGAGGCACAGCCAGGCACUGGACGCGUGCCACUGGGCUCCGAACGCUUUGGUGGGUGGCAAGCCGGGCACCGACGACUUGGAGCUCUUCGUCAUGUACUCGCGCGGCGUGCCCGACGAUACCAAGCAGCUGGCCUCCUUCCUGCACGGCAAUGCCUCCCUCCUCUUCAAACGGACAAAGCAGGCGCCGGAGGGCAACGGGCACGGGCCCGCGCACCCCUCCGACAAGGCCAGCAGCAUCCAGUCGCGGCCCCUGCCCUCCCCGCCCAAGCUGCUGGCGCAGGAGUCGCCUGACGGCCCCUACGAGAACAACGAGAGCGGCUGGAUGGAGGAUUACGACUACGUCCACCUCCAGGGCAAGGAGGAGUUUGAGAAGACCCAGAAGGAGCUGCUGGAGAAAGGCAACAUCAUCCGGCAGAGCAAGGACCAGCUGGAGCACCAGCAGCUGAAGCAGUUUGAGCGGCUGGAGCAGGAGGUGACGCGCCCCAUCGACAACGACCUGUCCAACUGGAGCCCGCCCCAGCACUACGGCCCGGCGCGGGGCGGCGGGGCGCUGUGUGCCGCCGACCGCCAGCUCCUCCUCUUCUACCUGGAGCAGUGCGAGGCCAACCUCACCACGCUCACCAACGCCGUCGACGCCUUCUUCACCGCCGUCAGCACCAACCAGCCCCCCAAGAUCUUCGUGGCCCACAGCAAGUUCAUCAUCCUCAGCGCCCACAAGCUCGUCUUCAUCGGCGACACGCUGUCCCGCCAGGCCAAGGCCCAGGACGUCCGGCACAAGGUCACGCACUACAGCAACCUCCUCUGCGAGAUGCUCAAGGAGAUCGUGGUCACCACCAAGGCAGCCGCGCUCCACUACCCCUCUCCCACGGCCUCUAAGGACAUGGUGGAGCGCGUCAAGGACCUCGCCAACAGCACGCAGCAGUUCAGGAUGGUGCUGGGCCAGCUGGCGGCCAUGUGAUGGCCCCGGGCUGCUGCUCCCUCCCGCCAUCCC